UGCAUUGUAAGAAACCAAUUGUUAGGAGGUAUUAGACGAGUCCAAUGUUUUGUAUCUCAGUAUACUGUCUUCAGUAUCUUCUGCUUCGUGCUUAAGUAUUAAUACACCUCAAAGGGGAUUUUUUAGUGCACAGUACCGUCCUGGAUAAAUGUAAAAGAUGCCUUCUGCAGGUGGUAUUGCCGUGCCAAACAUCGUUCCUUUACGUAUUCCUUACAGUACUGGAAGUGGGAACCAGAUAGACACAAACACCUUGAUAGAGAUCAAGUCAGACUCAGACGGAUCUGCCGUAUAUUUCACCACAAAUGGAAACAAACCGGCGCCUUUCAACAAGCUUGAUAAAUCUACAAUUCGAUACAAGGGUCCAUUUCUACUAAACAAAGGCAAACGACAAAUUAAAAGUAUUGCUGUUUCAAGCAAUGGUCUGAGAGAAAGUGAUGUUGUUAGCAAGACAUUUAUGGUGGAAUAUGUUCCACCUGAAGUUGAUACGAACAACGAAGACGAUGACCAAAGCUUCAUAAUGGACACAAGAAGAAGUAGCAGAAACCAAUCCAGGAGAUUGAAUGAGAGUGUUGAUGGGAUUAUUGACCUUACAAGAUCCACAAACAACUACCCUAUGACACAAACAUAUCCAAUGGUUGGUGUUCAGGCCCCAAUGAUGCCAUACCCAGCUUGGGGGAGUGCAAGCCCAGUCCCACCAACAAUGCAAACACGGACAACUGGUACAGACUACAUGUUCCAUUACCACAUGCACGAGCCACAGAUAAGUCCUCGUGCUCAACCCCAGUCACGGCCAAUGGUACAACCUCCAGUUCAAGUCAAUUCAUUGGACAUGAAUUCUUGGCGCCCUCUAUCAAUUCCACUGCCAGCUGUGCUAAAUCAAUCGACCGGUACGCAGACUGUAGGCUUGUUUUAUCCUACUCAGGAACAAGCUAUGAAAAAGCAGCGCAUCAAUGUAGACCGAAUGAUUGAGGACAGCCCAUCGCAGACCAAGAUGGUACCAAAUUUGAUUGACAUCAGUCCAGGAAGGGGGUACUGGAAGAAACAAAUUGCACACAUCUGUGCUCAUCUAGAGGCCUACACUCAGAAAAACUCUGAAUUUCGAGCAGAAGUUGGGAAACCAAGAAUGGGAAAGAUUACAUCAUUGGAGAUUGAUGAUGAUGGCGUAGAUGUAACACUUGUGUUAAGCUUUGAAUCUAGAGGGGGCGACAACACAGUGAAAGGCACCCGUGCUUCGCAAGUCAGGAAAAGUGCAAUACGUGCUAAACGGCUGGCUCAGGAAGAAGAUGAUUCACCCUACAAACAAGUGACAAGAGCAAAGAAAACAGGGAAGAGUAAAUCACCAAAGACUGAAAACAGCAGCAGACUGACUCCAGAGGAGAAGAAGCUCAUCAAGGAGGUUGGCCCGAAUGGAGAGGGUGAUGAAGAGGUUGUACAGGAUAUGUUAGAUGAAGGAGCAGAUCCAAAUUGUGAGAAUAAAGAUGGCACACCAGCCCUGAUCUUAGCAACAAUGAACAACCACAUUGAUGCCGUUGCUAUCCUACUGGAUGCUGAAGCUGAAAUCAACAGCAAGGCUCCUGCCAGGAAAGGUAACACUGCUCUCCAUGAGGCUGUACUACUUGGUCCAGAUGGCCAAGAAAUUGUUGAGAUGCUAUUAGAGAACGAUGCCAAUCCAAAGAUCAAGAAUGCCAAAGGAGACACCCCUUACAGCUUGGCUGUCAAGAGUGGCUAUGAGAGCACUGUAUCCUUAUUUGCCUCCUCUAUGGGGCAGGAGAUGCUGGAUAAGAUGACAAAGAAAAGCAAAGGAAAAAAAGAAAAAAGCAAGAACAAAAAGGAAAAGGAGAAUGAUAGAUUAAAGGAAGGACAGAGAUCUUACAAAGAGAAACUACCUAAGGAUAAAGGAACAGUUGUCGCAGUCAAGAACUUUGACCCCCAGGGUGAUGCGGAGAAACUGCGGAAAGCCAUGAAAGGUUUUGGCACCGAUGAGAAGACAAUCAUAGACAUUAUAAGUCAACGCUCAAGUGAUCAGCGUCAAAAAAUUGCUAAACAAUUCAAGCAAAUGUUUGGCAAGGAUUUGAUGAAGGAGUUUAAAAGUGAGCUUAGCGGGAAGUUGCUCGCAAUGCUGUUGGGGCUGAUGAUGACACCAGAGAUGUACGAUGCACAUGAGCUAAAUAAAGCUAUUAAAGGUCUUGGUACAGAUGAAGAUGUGUUGAUUGAGAUUCUGUGUACACGUACAAACAGCUCUAUUGAAGCAAUCAAAGAGGCCUACGAAGAAGAAUAUGACAAGGAUUUGGAGGAGGAUGUUGAAGAUGAUACGUCCGGACAUUUUGGACGUAUUCUGAUAUCGGUCUUACAAGGAAGUCGUCCAGAAGGUGAUGUCGUUGAUCCAGAUAAAGCCAAAAAUGAUGCCAAUGAUUUAUAUAAAGCUGGUGAAGAUAAAUGGGGUACAGAUGAAUCAAGGUUCAAUGUGAUUUUGGCAUCACGCAGCUAUGCACAACUACGUGCAACCUUUGAAGAGUAUUCAAAGAUCUCCAAGAAUGAUAUCGAAACUGCCAUCAAGAAGGAGAUGUCAGGUGACCUGAAGAACAGCAUGCUUACUAUCGUGAGAUGUGUUCGAAAUAAGCACAAGUACUUCAGUGACAAAUUACACAAGACAAUGAAGGGGGCAGGUACAGAUGAUGAGAAGCUGAUGCGAAUCGUAAUCUCACGUUCUGAGGUUGAUAUGGUGAACAUCAAGGGGGAAUACCAGAAAGCUUAUUCAGAAUCUCUUGGAAAAACAAUUGCUGGUGAUACUUCCGGUGACUACAAGAAACUACUCUUGAACUUGGUUGGUGGGGAAAACUAAGAAGCCGUAAAUCUUAAGUCAUGACAGUACUUAGGAUUUGUUAGUAAAUUGCAACUCUUCUACAAUUACAUUUUAAUUUUUGUAAAAACCUUGAACAAAACCAGAUACCUUGAAUAAGACCAUAAAAACAAUAUUUUCAUUCAGAAAUCUUGUUAAAUAUACAUUUGUUUUGUUUUGUUUUUUUCCUUUUUUUUUUUUUGGUUAUUUUUUUGUAUUUUAUAUGUUUAUUAGUAAUUCAGGUUUACUAUUUUUAUGUUUUUUGGGUUUUUUUUUUCUUUUUUGAAUAUAUGACCAAACGUUUAAUAGGAAAAUGCUUUUCAUGUUUAUUGUAUUUUAAAGAAUUCUACAUAAUUAUUUAUUUUUCAAAUAUAUGUUGUUGAAAAUUUACUUGAUACUUGGGUUGAAUUUUACCCACAGGAUAAUUUAUUAGAUUAGCAAUAUUGUUUCUAUUGACCAUGUUUAAUUAAUUAACUAUUUUAAUUAUAUAUAAUUCAUUAGAACUAUAUGACUAUUGUAUAAUAUACAUGCAAUAUUAUUUAUUUCUAAAUAUUUUCAAGAAAAUCAAUCACAGGAUAUGGUAAUUAGAUGAAUAAUUACUUUUUAUUUAGUACUAAUUAACUUUUCAUCAGGUGUAAGUAUCUGAAUUACCUCAUUAAACAAGGGGUCCCAAGUCUCCCGGAACUCCCCAGAGUCUCCCGGAAAUUGGUAUGGUUUCCCGCAAACAGAAAAAAUCUCCCGGAAAUACAUUCUCCAGCAAAUUUAUUGAAAAACUUAUUUUUUUUGUUUAUUUGGCCUAAACUUUGGUUGCAGAUUACUUUUUGCAGUCUGACAAUGCCAUUUUUAGGCUUCAAAAGGUGCCUAUUCUAAAAAAAUGUCAUCACCUCAGCCCCAAUCAUGGUGGGCCUGAGGUGGGCGUGGCCCUUUGUUUGGUACCUACACUUUUUCCUCAUUGACUAUAUAGCGCCCCUAAUGUCAUUAAACGAAUCUCCUGGAAAUGGGUUCUUCCAACUUGGGACCCCUAAUUAGGUUUCAUGUGCAGGUGUCAUUUUUGUGUCUUCUAUGGCAUUGGUUAUUAUUAGAAGCUUGGGUGUAUAUGUUUGUAAAAUUCUAUAUGGGCAUAGUAUUCUAAUACAAAUUAAUCAUGCAACAAAUCAAAAUAGUAUCAGAUCUGUACAAUUUAUGUACAAACAGAAUUAUAACUUGACAGCACCCUCUAUAUAUUUGGCUUGCGGCUACCUAAAACAAAAUGCCUACAGUGUACAUUAGUACUAUUAGUGAGAAAUGUGUUAAGACUGAUGGCAGAAUUACUUCAGAUAAUAGUGUAGACAUACAUGGGUAAGUAACGAAUCCAUACAUACAUGGGUAAGUAACAAAUCCAUCUGAAAUAGAUAUAUUUCAUCAGGGAAAUUCUAUGUUUUGUUACUUUUAAAUGUAGUGUGUGACCAUACUAGUGCAAUACUUAGCUAUUUGGUGUUAGGGUAACUUUGCAUAUAUACUUAGUUUUUAUCAUGAUUAGUUUUAAUGAGAUCUAAUUAAUUAUCUGUGUAUAUCCAUGCUGAGUAAUCAUGUAAAUGCAUUUGUUCAUAAGUGACUUAUUAGUUGUUUUUUUUUCGAUCAUUACAUGUGAGUAUUCUUCAAAGAAUAAUUAUGUUUUUUAAUAUAUACCACAUGUAGAUAAAUCAAAUUAUUAGUUUAAAACAUAUAUACUAAUAUAAAAGUCUCUAUUGUAUGUUCAUAUAGAACAAACAAAUGAAUAAAUACUUUAUUAUCAGUGUGUUUCAAUAUUUUUUAAUAUUUGGUUAUGAAACUUGCGAAGUUGACAAUAACAUUAUUCAUAGGGCAUUAUAUCGCCCUUGGCUGAUACUCUUGAAAAUUUACAUAUAGAUGUAUUGUCUCAAAUUUAUGUGUAACUUAUAUAUAUUAAUGACUAAAUUCAAUGUACAGUAUCUGAUCUUGAAGUAGAAAUUGCAUGAUUUCUUAAACAGUUAUCUUUAUAAAAAUUGCAAAAGAGGAAAUUGUUUUCUCUAGAUGUUGCUAAGCUCUGUGAGUGAUAAAAUUCGAGUCAACUCGGCCCAGAUAGAAUAUUAAGUUAUAAUUACAUUCUUCUUUAUCAAAUUUCAAUUAGAGAUCCUUUUCAAAGGCAAGAUACUCCUCUCCCAAACAACCUAAAGAAUGUGCGGUGCUUAAUUGUUAACUCGCGCGCCAAACAUUGGGAUAAAGUAAAAAACCUUGGCAAUAAGAUCUGGUAUACAUAUUUGUAAUGCAGUAGUUUAAGUUUCUUUAGAUCUAUUAGAUUGAGCUGUGAGUUACAAAUUAAAGUACAGGUUUCCCCCCCAAAGACAACUUUUGGGACCAGGGUUUUUAUGGUUUUCAGCAGCUUUGGUCUUCAAUUACAUAAAUUAUUCUUAUAAAAAUAAAAGGUAGACAUUCAUUUGGGGCCACAAAGGUGGUCUUUAGUUUGAGAUGGUCUUGUAUUGAAGGGGUCUUUAAUUGGAGGGGGAUCUGUUUAAUGGUGACCAGUUUACCAAUCAAACUGAUCUUGUAUGUGAAGUAGUUUAGGCCCAAUCUCACAAGUAGUCGAAAGUUAGAUGCUUUUAAUUAAUAUGGCAACCAUGUAGUAAUUAAAAAGUAUUUUUGAUUCAGUAUUUUCUGUAAUCGGUUUUUAUUUUCAAUUCCAUAUUUAAAUAUAAUUGGUUGAGCUUACUAAUAAAAAUAAUUUUAGUAGAAAGCCCCAGUGAUCUAGUCGGUUAAGACAUAGACAGCAGCAGCUGGUCCCUGGUUCGGAUACUGGUUGGGGAGACUUUCUUUUAAAUGUAAGGUAAAAUAGAUGGCAUCACUUUUAUAUUUCUGAAUUCAGUAUUGAAUUGAAUCUCCCGUUAUCAUAUUUCUGAAAUCGCGAUAUUCAGAGCACCAUUAUUCAUUUUUCUCUCAGUACUUCUUUGAUUUCGUAGAACUAAUGUGAAUUUGUAAUUCUAUAACCUCAUUGGCAAUUUAAUAUGACUCAGUAAUUA